AUGUUGAAACAUCUGAAAAUCCUACUUCUUACGGGUGGUAAAGUUCUUAAGAAGUUACCCGAGGAUCUUGGCCUAUUAGAAUCUUUGGAGAAACUAAAUCUAGCCUAUUGCAAGAUAAGAGAUGUUCCGAGUAGCAUCUGCAAGUUGAAACAUCUCAAAAAGCUUGACCUUCACAACUGUGAUCAACUUGAGAGAUUGCCCGAGAAACUAGGAGACAUAAAAUGCUUAGAACAGUUAGAUGUAGAAGGUGCAGGUAUAAGUCAUCUUCCCCAGAGCAUUUCUUUACUAAAUGGUCUUAAAAUCGUUGGAUUUAAAUAA